CAAACAGAGUGAUGGUCAGACUGUAAGUUUUGGCUUUUGGGGCAAGAUGCUGCAUCAUUGUGGCCUGUUGUUGCAUCAUGUUUCUAUUCUCAGUAAAGAGACGAACAAUGUUGGGAUCAACAGGGGGUUGGUUGAGUUGUAUUGGUGGUAUGGGUUUGAUUGGUGGGGUUGACCGGAGGGGGGAAAGGGGUUUCUGAGAAAAUGUCUAAGUUGUAUGAGUCCAUUGAAAGUGGGUCUCUCAUCAAUGAAAGGGGAGACCAGUUAAUGUCAAGAACAAGAGUAUUUUUGUUGUCGGAUUUGGGGACAAAGUCAAGAGCACGGAUGAAAAGGCGGAUGUCACUUCUGUGUUUGAUAAGUGUGCCCUUUGAAACAGUUACCAUAAGUGAGGUUUUGCAGUCAAUGAUAGUGUCAAUGCAGGUGAUGUUGGUGGUGUUGACUGCAUUUUGCUUGAUUUUAUUGAUAAUCUUAGUUUUGAUGUACAAAAUGGUCAUGUGCUGAUUGUCAAAAGCAUCUCUGGCUKGGUUGACAAGAUUUUCAAAGUUGAGAGACAAGCAGUAAGCAUUGUUCAUUUCAGCAGUCAAGUUGGGAUGAAGUUGAUGAUCAAGGAAAAUGACAUCAACUUUUGGGUGGAAAGGAUGGGCAUUGGCACCAGAAGGUGAUUUAGAUCCGCUUCUUGUUGGCAUGGUGAACGGUAGUCUUGUAGUCUUGAAGGUCUGGAUGAGAAAGACAGUUUGAAAUAAAAGAUAUUUUGAUUUGAAUCAAAAUAUGUUUUAUGGGAUGAUUGUCUUGAAGCAAUAAAUUAUUGUUUUUCUCAAAAACUAUCAGUUUUCAUGAGAAGCUUUAAGAAAUUGUUGUGAAAGAAGGGUUACGUCGACAUGUGUUGGUCUCGCAAAGUGAGAUGGUCACAUUUUGAGUGUAGGAAAAAAAUAGAUGCACAGUUGCACGAGUGUGGGAUUUAAUUUUUAACAAGCGUGUGGGAGUUAAAAAUUAUGAUGGGAGUGUUAAUGCCAAAUGCUUUCAAAAAGCAAGAAUGUGUAAAUGUGUGUCUUGAGUCAAGAUUUUGAUUUUGCAACAAUAGCCUACAAUAGGUGAAGCAUCAAUGAUGGUGAGUAUGAUGAAACAAUCAAUUUUGUUGUGUUUCAAUCAAUGAGUGUUGAUGUGUUUGAGGAGUUGUCGCUUUGUAUGUGCAAUGACAGUUUGUUGUUCAAGGGCUUGUGGGCGGUUGUAUGUGGUAGAGUUGUGUGAGGAGAGAGCACACGUAAAAAAGAUCACCAUGGUGGUGGUGAUUUUUUUUGGAAGGGUGUCAUAACCUGUGGGAGUGACUAUCUAAUAGUGAUGUAAAUCGAGUGCUAGAAGAAAAGUGAAUUGAUGCUCUCAUCGAGGAUUGACAAACUAUGAGACUAAAGAUGAUCAGAAUGAGGAUCGAGUGAUGUGUGAAUCAAAUGAGUCAAGGCAGUCAUGCAAGUGAAUCAAACGAGUCAAGUCAAUCUUGUGGAUCCAUAGGAUUGCUGUCCAUAGGAUAUCAGAUUGUGGGUAUGAUUCAUAUCUAUGACUCAUAAAUAUGACACAUACCUAUGAUUCAUACACACUUUACAUUCAUGACUCACUUGAUCCCUUGGAUCCUCAUGAUUGACAUGAAACCUAUCUUGAUAAAUCAAGUCCAAACUACUGGUGGUAUUGAUGAAGACCAAUUAAGCUUUGGGUACUCCAUGUCAAUUAAUCAAAUCAAAGCCAACCUAGCAUCAUUCAACUGACCAUGCCUUGUAUGUGACAUGAUGACCAGUCAAACUUCCCAGCAUAAUUUUGAACACUGUCCCAUUCUACAACAAUCCAACCUCCUCUGCCAAAAUUUCAUCCUCUUCUGUCAAACACCAACAUAUCCACAUCAUUCAUUUAUGCCAAAAACAGAAAAGGGUCCUGAUACUACACCCUAGAAACCCUACGACAAAUCUGCUCUAAACAUCAUCGACAUAAACCCAGCAGAAGCCAUCUUGAAUAUCCCACUGCCACCAAAGGUAUACACUUCCAAUAUCUCUUUGACAGUCAGAGCACAAUUUGACACCAGUGCAGAUAUCACAUGCACAAAUCUAAUUGAUGUCAUCCACAACUACAAACCAUACAAAAAAUAUUUUUGGUGUCAGCUCAAACUUGUUGGCACCAUAAAUUCUACAGAAGGAGUAUAUCCCCAUGGUGAAUGAUACAUUCAUGUCCCUGCUGUCAAUGAGAAUGGAUAUGCUUGUGUCCGUUGUAUUUAUUCCCCAACACUGUCCUUGACAUUAAUCUCUGAAGAUGACAUCAUACGUUCUAAUCCGCGAUUUAAAGUUCGAGACUACACCAUUGUGAUAAAUAAAUUCCAUGACACAAAUACAAUCACAAUUGUUAUUUUAUGUGUAGUAACUUACAAACAUUUGAAAUGUAGUGCAACCAGUACAGAGGCUCGGCACUGAGGCCAGUUGUGUAGGACCAGUACUACUGAGGAGGACCAUUCAUGAACUACCCAUGAAUCCUGCGGACCUAUGGUAAGAAAAUACAGAUCAACUAAACAAUAGACACCAGGGACGUUUUGUUUGACAACAUUUUUUUUCAGUUUCCCCUCUCCCCCCCAUCCACACACUGCCAAGCCCAAAAAUAUUUCUAUUAGCAGCGGUCCUUACUAGUACUGGAGAGGUAAAUUCAUUGCUUGAGAAUAACUAUUAGUGCUUGCUACUGGAAAACCUCUAUUACUACAUACUAGUGGGGAUGUAGUAGUAGUGAACACUGCAAACUGCUGGGUAAGGGGGUUCUGUUGGUGCUGCAAGAAAGGACCACUAAUAAAAAGAUUCUGGGACCAGCAAUAAAUUAAAUAAUUUGAAACAAUUUUUUUUAACUGUAAAAAUGACCCUGACAGUUUUGUUAGUGUUUGUGUGGGGACCAUCCAAAACCAGCCAGAAUUUCGCUCUCCAGGGCCCUCCGGUACCCACGCGCACAUCCCCCUUUUCGAAUUCCUCCCCUAGAAAAAUGUGGGUUAUUUUUGGUGAAAAAUAACCCAUGUUUCUAAAACGCGGGUUUUUUAAUUUGAAAAAUAACCCACGAAAGAACCCAGGAACCCUCAAAUAACCCACGAAAGAACCCACGAAUAACCCACGAAUUUACAGUCAUCUGGGUUGAUGGAGAACCAAGGGUGUUAAGUAUUUUAGUCAUUAAYGUUAUUUAAUCACUGUUUUUAAUAUUUGGAGAAAGGCCCAGCAGGUUUGUGGGUUUUUUUUGGGUUAUUCAUGGGUUAUUUUGUGGGUUAUUUGUGGGUUAACCCAGGAACCCAGGAACCCACGUUUUAAAAUAUGGGUUAUUUUUUGGAAAAAAAAAAACACAAAUCAUACCCCCGAUAUUAGAUUUCAAAGGGGGGACGCGCGCGCGUUGGUUCCGGAGGGCCCAGUAGAAAAAUCGUGGCCGGAAACGUCCCUGGUGUCUGUCUAGUCGCUCUGAGUCAAUCGUGAGUCCCCGGGACCGGACCGCAACGCGUAGUAUUUCUACGCCCUACUUUUUAGUUCCGAUGAACGCGUACGUACCAGGUACAGUACUGUAUUGCAUGUCCUUAGUUCGGUUCAGAGCCGUAUCGUAAUCAAUUAAGGUAACGGACGGUGCAAUUGUGAAGGUUUUUAUCAACAGCACGGUACUGUAGUAAGAAUACAGUAUGCAUGAAAAUACUUUCAGCGAGUUCAUCUUUUGAGUGGUACGUCCUCUCACAGGUCACCUAGGCUCUGUAUUUAUGUCUUUUUCAAUAGUACCAGUCAUUAUUUGAAUUGCCUAGCAAUUGCCUAGCAACGAUUUUGAAGCUAAGUACCGGUAUGUUUCGAAAUUGUUGCUGCUUCUAUCGUAUGCACUCAGCUCACGUGUACAUACUCGUACCAGUAGUACCGGUACGAGUACUCGAAGCCCACUCAGAGGAACUGUCAUGAAUGGAACUGACUCGCCUUGUGCUCUCAAUGAAACAAUAUUUCGCGUUCUCGCGUUAUUGAGGGAAGUUCAUCCGUUCAUCCGAGGAGCAUUCGAACAACGAACAGAUUGUAAACACUUAUAACAUUGUUGACGUUUCGGCAACAGAAAAGGCACACAGUUCAAUAUCAUGUACAAGAGGCGAGGUAGUUUGAGUGGCAAUGAGGCCAGAUUUUUUCCUCAAGAAAAUUCGAACCCAAGAGAAUCAAUACUUUUUGAUUCGCAAAAUAGUAACGGUUUUCGAAUCCCUUCGGACCUUGUAGACGAGGACGCCGUUGAAGAAGAGGAUGACUUCGCUGAUUUUGGUGACGAAGACAAUAUCGAGGCAGCCAUAAGGUCUCUCCCCAUCUUCGAGAAGGAAGAAACGGAAAAGGAACAAGAUCCAACAGAGAAGGAAACUGAAGAAGAUCUCGAAAAAGAGGAAGAGAAAGAAGAUGUAAAAACAGAGGAGAAGAAUGAAGGUUUAAGAAAGGGACGCCGUCGCACUCGAGACAAAGGAGCAAAUGAUGACGAUUAUGACAGCGAUAUCAUUGAGUUUGUGAAAUUAGUUGAAAGGAGCCGUUCUUCAAUGCUAAUGAAGCCGCUGUUGUUGAGGAUCUUGAACGAAAACAAAUUCGAAAAACUGAAGCCAUUUUUGGAAGAUAGCUCAUCUGAUCUUAGAGCGUCGAGAAAAAGGUCGGACAAAACAGGUCUAGAUUCCACAAGCUAUCACAGGAGACAGGGUGGUCGCCGCAUGACUUCCCGUCAAAGUGAUUUGCACUCGUCCGGUGUCCACGGAUUGAGGAAUUCCAGUGGUCACGGCAUGAAGAGUACCAGAAGGACGAUGCGCACUAGUAGCAUGCAUAGAGGACCAAGAAACAACAUGUCAUCAAGAAUGAAUGAUGAUCAAGUCUCUCCGGGUGCUGGGUUAUCGAGAUCACGACCGUCGACAUCGGCGUCCAGGUUAAGGUCCAAACGAACAUCUGAAUCAAUUAGAAAACAUAGGAACUCACAGUGGGAAGUAAAUCGUAGUUCUUCAGGAAGAGAGGGAAUGCAAAGGCUGGGAUCAGAUCAAAAACUCUCUGGAAACAAUGAUUCCUCAAGUUCAUUCGGAGCUGAUUUAUCGUCAUCCAAACGUCGUAAUUCUGGUGCAGGCAGCCUUCUGAAAGGAGAGCAAGGAUCCAGCGGAAAGCAGAAUGCACACUGGAACUUGCUCAAAUCCUCCGGAGGGAAAGAUGCACUCCUGAGAAUCGGAUCGGAUCAAAAAUUGUCUGGAAAUAAUGAUUCGUCGAGUUCACUCAAAGUUGAUGUAACAUCUGGUAAAUCGCCGGCUUCUAAUGGGAAACAGAAUGCGCAUUGGGACUUACUCAAAUCCUCCGCAGGGAGAAACGCGCUAAGUAUGCUCCACAAGAAGAUGAAUUCUGACGAUGAUGAUAGUAGUUCAUCUCCAAGCGAAACGGAGGACGCAUUUGUUGCUCCUCUUGCGAGCUCUCGCGAGCAAACAGUAGGUCUUCACAGUUUACUGGAUGAUUUGAGACUGGGCAAAGAUUCAAACAGCUCGAAUAAGGAUGACGAAGAUGCUGAAGACACAAAAGCAAAAAAGAAUAAGAGCAUUCUCAAAUUUCAACUUAUUUCGAAACAGUUGAAGCUUAUGGGCAUGAUUGGCAAUAAUAAGGACAAGGAUAAAGACAAGCAAACCGCAAAAUUCAAUAAUAGUUCUCUUUCAGACGAGAAGGACCCAAAGGAUGCGAACGAAAAUUCGAUGUCUUCACUAAAUGAAGACUAAAAGCUACCGGAUGAAAAAUUGAAUUAGAAUGUUGUGAAUCUUUCUACAAAAAGAUCCUGUUGACUGAACCAUUUUCACGCUUCGCGAAGAGAAAACUCAACAAACUUUGUUUUAAUUACCAAUUUUUUAACCAGGCCACGUCACUGUAGCAUACAAUUGGGACUUACGCGAACAUGAUGAUUCCAACCUGGCAUCGGGCAUUUUUUGCGUUGUUAGUUCCUGGAAUAUAAAUUGAAAUUACAU